AUGCCCUGGUAUACUUCGGGGAGUCCUGAAAUAGGCUGGCUUCUAUCUUCUCUAGGGCAGCCGGUCUGCCGGGGAGGGACACAGAAGCCUUGCUAUAAAGUCAUUUAUUUCCACGACGCUUCUCGAAGACUGAACUUUGAGGAAGCCAAGGCAGCCUGCAGGAGGGAUGGAGGCCAGCUGGUGAGCAUCGAGUCUGAGGAUGAGCAGAGACUGAUAGAAAAGUUCAUUGAAAACCUCCUGGCGUCUGACGGCGAUUUCUGGAUCGGGCUCAGGAGGCGUGAGGAGAAACAGAGCAAUGGCACAGCCUGCCAGGACCUUUAUGCUUGGACCGAUGGCAGCACGUCAACAUUCAGGAACUGGUACGUGGAUGAGCCUUCUUGCGGCAGCGAGGUCUGCGUGGUCAUGUACCAUCAGCCAUCGGCACCUGCUGGCAUCGGGGGCCGCUACAUGUUCCAGUGGAAUGACGACCAAUGCAACAUGAAGAACAAUUUCAUUUGCAAAUAUUCUGAUGAGAAGCCAACAGCUCCUUCUACAAAGCCUGGAGGUGAAGGAACAGAGCCAGCAACACCCAUGCUUCCAGAAGACACAGGGAAAGAAGAUGCCAGAGAGACUUUUAAAGGAAACAAAGAAGCUGCCUUAAAUCUUGCUUACAUUCUAAUCCCCAGCAUCGUCCUUCUCCUUGUGGUCAUCACAGUUGUGUGUUGGGUUUGGAUCUAUAGAAGGAGGAAAGGGGAGCAGCCAGGCCCCAGCACGAAGGAGCAGCACACCAUCUGGCCCUCUCCUCAUGCGGGUAACAGCCCAGACCUAGAGGUUUACAACAUCAUUCGAAAACAAAGUGAAGCCGAUUUGGCUGAGACCCGGCCAGACCUGAAGAACAUUUCAUUCCGAGUGUGUUCGGGAGAAGCCACUCCCGAUGACCUGUCUUGUGACUAUGACAACAUGGCCGUGAACCCAUCCGAAAGUGGAUUCGUGACUCUGGCGAGCGUGGAGAGUGGCUUUGUGACCAAUGACAUUUACGAGUUCUCCUCAGACCGAACGGGGAGGAGCAAGGAGUCUGGAUGGGUGGAAAAUGAAAUAUAUGGUUAUUAGGGCACAUGAAAAACACUUGAACAAAUGGAAAUGGGAACGAAAAGAGGAGCAAAACUCUCCUAUUUUCUGUGAGGAAAAGAGAAUGUGUAUGAAAAUGCUCAGUUCAGGUCUUGGGGGUAAGCAUGUGACCCCCAUUAGCCCCUGUUGGAUCCCCAAGUUUGGCCAAAUCCCCAACCCCAGCUCCUCACCCAGAUCAGCCUUAUGAGAAAGCACCUUGCCCACGGUCAGGCACUUAGUAGAAAAGAAAUGUCAAUCGACUGGUUCUAUCUGACUUUCAAGGGAGAGUGACUUCCCUGGCAGGGAUAAGUUUGGGGCUGUGGGACUUGGGAAAGCCAUCUCUGGGUUCUGGUUUUCUCGCU